GAGGAAUCCUCCGGAGCAUCGGGAUGUUCCCAAGUCCCAGCAGCCAAAAGGGCCCCGUUGAGCCCAUUGGGACACCCCGAUGGGGGACACCCCAAUGGGGAACGCCCCAGGGGCCAGGUCCUGCUCUCCCCAUGGGCUCAGGCUGGGCACAGCUUGGGGGUCCCCCCCAGCCAUGGCUAUGGGGCAGAGGGACCCGUCUCGUAUGAAGCCCCCUAUUGCAGGGGCAGAUCCCGCCCGUUCCCCAGCCCCUCACAUUGGGGCUUGGGGUUGAACUGGGGCUGGGGUCCCUGUUUCUGCCCCCCUAUUUCUCCCCCCUAUAUCCUGUUUUGGGGCCACGCUGCAGCUUCCCCCCCCCCCACACCUCCCCUCCAUUCUCUUUCCUGGUCAUUCUUAUUAUAAUUAUAAUUAUUUUGGCUUUGAGGGAGCUCCUCCAUCGCAUUUAAAUAACAAUCAUGAUACCAGAGCUCGACCCCUCCUUUCCCCACGCGUUUCAUGUAAGUAAAUCCAACCACCGGGAGCAAACCGGGCUCGACCCACCCCACUUCUGUGUGCCCAGGGCGCGAUGUGGGGCUCUGCCGCCACCGGCCCUGCCCCGAUAACGCUUAUCGAGGCACCCAGCGGGGCGGCGGCCCCGGUUGUUGGCCUCCACUCAACAACGGGACCCUGAACCCCGGUGCCCACCGGGUGGUGCCGCGGCCCCUUUAAAUGCGUUGCCCCUUUAAGCCGCGCUGCUGUUGCCCCUUUAAGCGCCCCCCACCACCCCCCGCGGGACGCAGGGAGGGGGUUGGCCACGCCCAUUCCCCCUGAGGGGCGGGGCCAGGCGGCGCGGCUCCGCCCUAGGCCACGCCCACCACGCGUCUCUUAAAGGGGCAGAAUCACGCAGGAGGUCGCGCAGCCGGAGCCGCAACGCAGGUCCCGCUGCGAUGCUGCUGCUCCGCGCUGCCGCUACCGCCGCCGGGCACAGGUUCCCGCUGCUCCGCCGCGGCUGCUCCCGCUUCGCCCCCGGUAACCCGGCCGCGGGGGGACGGCGGGGGGCGGCCACGGUGCUGGCGGCGCUGCUGGGCCUCGGAGCUGCGCUGGCCUAUGGACAGCGGCGGCGGAGGGUCGCGCAGGCGGCCCAGGCCCCCCCGAGCUCCCGGUACCCCCGGUACACACGGGAGGAGGUGGGGCGGCACCGCUCCCCCCAGGACCGCGUCUGGGUGACCCACGGCACCGACGUCUUCGAUGUCACCGACUUCGUGGAGCUUCACCCCGGCGGGGCUGACAAGCUGCUGUUGGCGGCCGGGGGCGCUCUGGAGCCCUUCUGGGCCCUUUACGCCGUCCACAACCAGCCCCACGUCUUGGAGCUGCUGCAGGAGUUCAAGGUGGGGGAGCUGAGCCCAGACGAGGCCCCCCCGGACCCCGCCGCCGGUCAGGACCCCUUCGCCGGGGAUCCCCCUCGACACCCGGGGCUGCGCAUCAGCAGCCAGAAGCCGUUCAACGCCGAGACCCCUGCGGAGCUGUUGGCCGAACGCUUCCUGACCCCCAACGAGCUCUUCUUCACCCGUAACCACCUCCCGGUGCCGUCGGUGGACCCGGCCUCGUACCGGCUGCAUGUGGAGGGCCCGGGGGGCCGGGCGCUGUCGAUGUCGCUAUCGGAGCUGCGGAGCCGCUUCCCCAAGCACGAAGUGACGGCCACGCUGCAGUGCGCCGGGAACCGCCGCGCCGAGAUGAGCCGCGUCCGCCCCGUCAAGGGGCUGGCGUGGGACAUCGGCGCCAUCGGCACUGCCCGCUGGGGGGGCGCCCGCCUGCGGGACGUGCUGCUGAGCGCCGGCUUCGGCGAGGACCGCCCCGGCGAGUGGCACGUCUGCUUCGAGGGGCUGGACGCCGACCCCGGGGGGGCUCCGUACGGUGCUUCCAUCCCCUAUGGCCGCGCCAUGAACCCCAGCGCCGACGUGCUGCUCGCCUACGAGAUGAACGGGGAGGAGCUGCCCCGCGAUCACGGCUUCCCGGUGCGUGUCGUGGUGCCCGGCGUGGUGGGCGCCCGCAGCGUGAAGUGGCUGCGGCGGGUGGUGGUGAGCCCGGCCGAGAGCCCCAGCCACUGGCAGCAGAACGACUACAAGGGCUUCUCGCCCUGCGUGGAUUGGGACACGGUGGAUUACAGCACGGCGCCCGCCAUCCAGGAGCUGCCGGUGCAAUCGGCCAUCACGCACCCGCGCCCCGGGGCCGCCGUGCCGCCGGGGGAGCUGACGGUGAAGGGGUACGCGUGGAGCGGCGGCGGGCGGGAGGUGGUGCGGGUCGAUGUGUCCCUGGAUGGCGGCCGCAGCUGGCGAGUGGCGCGGCUGCAGGGCGAGCUCCCGGUGCUGGGACGCGCUUGGGCUUGGAAGCUGUGGGAGCUGCGGGCGCCGGUGGCGGCGGGCACCGAGCUGGAGAUCGUGUGUAAGGCCGUGGACGGGAGCUACAACGUGCAGCCCGACACGGUGGCGCCCAUCUGGAACCUGCGCGGGGUCCUCAGCAACGCCUGGCACCGCGUCCGUGUCACCGUCAGCCGCUGAGCAGCCGCUGAGCAGCCGCUGCUGCCCCCCCCCGCCUCCCGCCCCGUGCCGCGGCGCAAAGGUCGCUGCGGUUUAUAGCUCCCAACGUGUGAAAGUGGCUCCAUAAAGAUUGUGAAGCUUUUA